UUGGCGCCGCUAAAGGGCGUCAUCAACGGUCAUUUGACUUCUCCAUGAACCCCUCCGAUGGUAGCCACCGACUUAACCGCUGCUCUCCCAAGAUUGAAGAGGGAAGAUUGCAAGCGCACAAAACAUGACCCCCACUUCUCCAAUUGGAAGGUUCUUGUCGGGCCCUGUGACUGGGAGGACUAUGCAGCCGGCAAGGAAGGAGCUGAGAGGUACAGAGUACAUAACAUGCCUAAAGAUGAGAGUCCGGGACUGUAUGAACUCGGGGUUGCUGUUUGGCGGGGUCGUGGGACUGGAUCGGAUAAGGUAGUCCCGGUUUAUCUUGGGCAAGCUGAUAGUGUGAGGACUAGGCUUCAGCAGUAUGGCCGGACAGGGGCUCAUUUGGGGAAGUGCUGUGCGGUUGGGAAUACGAGUGAGCGGUUACGAAAGGGGCCUGGAUUGUUUGAGGAGAUGCUGGCUAGAGGCUACCCCAUUGUGUACAGAUGGGCUCCUAUGGAAACCAAAAGCAAGGCGUUGGAAACAGAAAGUCAGCUGCUUAACACAUUUGAUUAUGCAUGGAACACAAGCAUCAAUGGUGCACGGCGUCCUGAUGAUGUCCUUCAGAGACUCAAGAAAGUUUCCUCAAAACCUAUGCGAUUUACUAAUAUUGUUCAGAGGCUUCUACCUUUCCGACAGAAGCAAGUCGGUAUCACAAUUAACUCUAGAAAACUGGUUUCAUCAGAGGAAAAUUUCAGUGACUAUGCUGAUAGGGACCGCAGGAGUCUCAUACCCCACGUUUUCAAGUUUGGCAGAUUACAGCCUAGGUUAGUUUUGGAUGGAAGUGGGUUUACUCAGGAAAAUACUAUAAUUUGUGGGGUAGCUAUAGAUGAUGGGUCCAUAUGUAGAAAGGAACCAGUUCAAGGAAGAAAGAGGUGUGCUGAACAUAAAGGGAUGAGAAUUACAGGGUCGAUUACAGUCAAGAUAUCACAUAGCAACAUUGAUUCAAGCUCCAGUGUUAUCAGCAAUAGAGAAAUUGUUUCGGAUGAAAGUGGCAUUACUCAGGAAAAUACUAUAAUUUGUGGGGUGGUUAUUGGUGAUGACUCUGUGUGUAGAACACCACCAGUCCAAGGAAGAAAGAGGUGUGCUGCACACAAAGGGAUGAGGAUUAAAAGGUCAAUUACAGUUGGGAUAUCAGAUAACAAUGUGGACUCAAAACGCAGUGUCAUUAGCAACAAAAAGCUUGAAAGUCAUGACGCAUCAAAUAUGAAGUAUGAAACAGUAGAGCUUCCACCAGUUUGUGUUAGUCAGAGCCCUACAAUAUGCGGAUUCAUCUUGCCUGGUGGCUCUCACUGUAGAAUAGAAUCAAGGCAAGGAAGAAAAAGGUGUGAUGAUCACAAAGGGAGAAGAAUCCAGAAAUCCAAGUCCAAGUCAGUGAAAGAAGAGAUUGUCGAAAAAUGUGCAUGAUGUAUUUCUGUACACUAAUUUGCAGAACUGUUCUAUACUAAUACCAUACAAGAACCGCUUGUGAAAGAAACAGGUGCUAGGAAAUAAUACCAAAGAACGACGAAGAGUCUCCAGGUGAUAUUUUAUUGAAUUUUUCCCCCAAAGAUAGAAGACUAUAUACUUUGUGAUUUAGUGAUUUGUAGUCAUGCUGAUCUUGUAACAUUCAGGCAUCUGUAUGAGUUAUAGCCUUUUAAGUUAUUGUUGUACCUGUAGAGAAUUUGGGGCAUGAUUUAUCAUGCACUGUAAUCUAUCUUAGUAACAAUUAGUU